AUGGCAGCAGGAAACCACACAGAAGCAUCAGAAUUCCUCCUCCUGGGUCUCUCAGAGGAUCCUGAACUGCAGCCCCUGCUCUGUGGAGUGUUCUUGUCAAUGUACCUGGUCACCGUGUUUGGGAACCUACUCAUCAUCUUGGCCAUCAGCUCUGACUCCCACCUCCACACCCCUAUGUACUUCUUCCUCUGCAACCUGUCAUUUGUGGACGUCUGCUUUAUCUCCACCACCAUCCCGAAGAUGCUAAUGAACAUCCAGGCACAGAGAAAAGACAUCUCCUACAUAGGAUGCCUCACUCAGGUGUAUUUUUUUAUAAUUUUUUCUGGAAUGGACAAUUUCCUUUUGACUGUGAUGGCCUAUGACCGGUUUGUGGCCAUCUGCCACCCCCUGCACUACAUGAUCAUCAUGAACCCACGCCUCUGUGUCCUCCUGGUUCUGAUGUCUUGGUUCAUCAUUUUCUGGGACUCUCUGCUUCAUAUUCUACCGUUGAGGUGGCUGACCUUCUGUACAGGCACUGAAAUUCCACAUUUCUUCUGUGAACUGGCUCAGGUUCUCAAGGUGGCCUGCUCUGACACCCUCAUCAAUAACAUCAUCUUGUAUGUGACCACUGCUGUGCUAGCUGUCUUUCCUUUGACUGGAAUCCUCUUUUCUUACUCUCAGAUUGUCUCCUCCUUAAUGAAAAUGUCCUCUGCAGGAGGAAAAUAUAGAGCAUUUUCCACCUGUGGUUCUCACCUCUCUGUGGUCUCCUUGUACUAUGGGACAGGUCUAGGGGUCUACCUCAGUUCUGCUGUGACCCAUUCUUCCCAGAGAAGUUCAAUCGCCUCAGUGAUGUACACCGUUGUCACCCCCAUGCUGAACCCCUUCAUCUACAGCCUGAGGAACAAGGAUGUGAAGGGGGCCCUGAGAAGGCUCCUCGGCUGA